UCAAACAGACGACAACUCACCGAAUGCAGCUGACAAUUCGACGACAACCGAAACAUCUAUUUGGACACCGCGUACAACACGCAGCAAGUUUCAAUCUAUGCUCGCACAGAAUGCAACUGAUGUAUCAUACAUGGAUGUCAGUAACAGUUCAGGAGAUGCACGACAAGAUCUUACAGCAGCGGUGGUGCGACGCUUGUCCGAUCAAUUCGGCGAGAACGUGAAAGACAUGAUGCAGUCGUGGUCAUGGGUUCCGCGAUGGUGGCGCCGCAUGCGACAAUGGUCGGCGACGACUCGCGGUGGGUUAAGUAAGAGCUGCACCCAGGACAACGGCACCACCAUGAUUUCCAUUGGUGGACGGCUGCUACUCUGCGCCUUUCUACCUGCCAUCACCGGUCAGCAGAUCUCCGAACCGGAACCAGUGUUUCUAGCGCCUCUUGAGAAUCACACCGUCACGCAGGGCAGAGACAUCUUCUUUACCUGUGUCGUCAAUCACCUGUCUUCUUACAAGGUGGCGUGGAUCAAGUCGGAUACGAAGGCCAUCCUCGCCAUACACACGCACAUGGUCGCACAGAACCAGCGUCUCUCCGUAACGCACAACGGGCACAACACGUGGAAGCUGCACGUGUCCAACGUGCAGAAGAACGACUCGGGUACGUACAUGUGCCAGAUCAACACGGACCCAAUGCGCAGCCAGAUGGGUACACUGGAGGUGGUCAUCCCGCCGGAUAUACUCAACGAUAACGAAUCGACCGAGGGCGGCGGUGUGGCAUUGGAAGGCGGCACCGUACGACUGAAAUGCCACGCUGUCGGCGUACCCUCACCGACGGUCCUAUGGCGGCGUGAAGACUCCAAGAGUUUAGUCUUUCGCAAUGAGACCAGUCGCGAGAAGCAAGUGCAGCGCAGCUUCGACGGCGACACGCUGGUGCUCACCAACAUCCAGCGCGCCGACAUGGGCGCAUAUCUCUGCAUCGCCAGCAACGGCGUGCCGCCAUCAGUCAGCAAACGAUUUUCAGUUCGAGUUCAUUUUCAUCCGUUGAUCCGCGUAUCGAACCAGCUGGUGGCGGCGCCCGUCGCCAGCGACGUGCUGGUGCAGUGCUACGUGGAGGCGUCGCCGCGCGCCAUGAACCAUUGGACGCGCGACACAGGCGAGAAGCUCAUACCGAGCGAUAAGUACGCCAUGGAGGAGACGGUAAUCAACGAAUACUCUCUUCUCAUGAACCUGACAAUACGCUCGUUAGAGAAGAAGGACUUUGGCGGAUACGUGUGCACGUCAUCCAAUGCCCUCGGUAAAGCAGAAGGCGUUGUUCGACUCCAAGAAUUACAUUUAAUAGUGAAAACCACCAGUACAACACCAGCUCCACGCCGCGUGGAUUCCAAACCACGGAAACCUUCACACAAAGAAAAACCCACCAAGAAAUACACACGUCCCACAAAAGGUAGGAAGGACGGAACACUCCUUGGAGGUGACGGAGAUGAUGAAGACGAGUCAGGAAGAACAGCAUCACCGGAGUCACGCACUGCUGCACCUCCGCAAUCCCCCACUCCGAGUAUUACCAGAACACCUCCAUGGGUGUUGCAUCACAACCAAGCUGCGAGCAGUCAACAUCCGGAUGCAUUCGCGUUGAUAAUGACGCUGCUGGUAAUCGGCCUCUUGCUGCAUUGCCCCUAAUGGUUUCUUCUUUGUUUCAACUUGCGUUGCGCAUCUUCACACCGAAGUCUUCCUCGUGCGGCUCGACACACACGAAAGUUCGUGUCUUCCCAUUACGUUUAAUCGAUUGGUUCUCAUUCUAGACAAAACUAAGCUAAGUCAAAAUUAAGUAUUACGCAUAUCUAAAUUUAAAUUUACGAGGACUAUGAAAAUGUACAGGGUGCUCUCAUCGGGUUUCUAGUUUCUAUAUAUUAGACACACACACACAUAUACAAAGGAUUAUAAUUGUAGUUGAUCAGGUGCACAACAAUAACAAAAACUUGCAAAGGUAAGUUCCAAACACGAAUCACAUGAACAGAGAACAUCGAGCGUGCGGCGCACAAAACCCCGAACGGAACGCAUCCAGACAAUAACAAUGGCAAAGACAAAACAACCAAUCGCAACCGAAUCACGUCGUUGUCUCACGCGCUUCGAAGCGGAAGCCGUUUGAAAAUAUGAUAUAUCGUGCUGUGUGGAACUUGCGCAGGCAGUCGGAAACAGUUCUCAUCCCUCUAUACCGCAAUCCUUUGCCUCGUGUAUCGACACGCCGAUGCAGAAUCAGCAUCUUGAUAAAUCAUACUUAUUUGUCAAGUUGUGGCAGAACAUUUAAAACGCACGAAAUGGUAAAUUAUUUCGUGCCCUCUUUGCCGAAGAAAACCGCAAAAUACUUCCACUUGAAAACCGAUGGGAUAAAAGAAUGUGAAUUUCGUAUCGGCGCAAAGGAGGCGCUCGCAUUGUCGACGCCGGAAUACUAAUUAUACUCAUCGAACGUUUGAGGACGUUCUUUGCAAAGGCGCAUCGCAUUCAUUCCGCAUCCUUGUGAAUAAAUAGCAAGCGGAAACUAUUAUAUAUAUAUAUAUAUAACAUUUUACUAGGGCAAUCAUUUUAAUAAAAAUAUUCCUAGGUAAGAUGUAAAAGGCACAAAGUGGAAAGAUGCCGCAUUGAAUGCGAUGUCAAUCGGUUGAAAAGCGCGCGCCGUAUCAAUUAUCGGCCCGGCGAACGCUUCACGCUACAUUAAUUAAUAAAACAUUCGCCGCCGCCGCCGCCGUCAGUGAACGAGAACAUGAACGUUUUGUACAUGUUGUAUUAGCAUGAGCACACAUCACAAACUAGCGCAGUGUUUGCGCUGUGUUUGUCAUGAGUGUGGAAUGAGAUAAUUCGGCAUGUGCGUUUUCCCGACGCGAUAAACAAUUAUUUAUGCGUUAAAACAUAUGAUGCAUUAAAUGAAACGAAAUUAACUGCUUUCUAAACACGCGCAGGCAGAGAGAGGAAAAAAAUGACACACGGUUAAUUAUAAUGCUUGUGCAUUAGUUAUUCUAAUCCUGCCGGACACCAGACAACAUGCGAAUGCUAUUUGUACAACACAACAAACAGUUGUCCGUGUGUACACGCGUGACAUUUUUCGGGGUCCGGAAAUUUAUUAUGCCGACUCAUCCAUCCGCUUUUCGGGCGCCGGCUUUUUAAUUUUAAACGCGCCGUUGUCAAACAGAACUAUUUCGACGCAAGAAAGUGUUUACUUUAAUCCUCAAAAACGUCCCUGCUUUGCCAAAGUCUAUUUAUUUAAAAAUUGUUGUUGACUUUUUUUGUGUGUUGGCGCCGGAAAAGGAAGGCGACACACGUUCCGACGUCGAUCGCUGGAUUUAUGCGAAUAUAAAGCGAAACACUGGUAGCCCUGGAAUUCAUUUAAAGUGGGAACUCGUGAGAUGGCGGUGGCGGUGGGUGUGUGGAGAAAAUAACCCCGUAUCUGUCGAUCAAGACGCGUGUGGAUCCGGGACGGCCAUCCUUGUUCCACGCGCGCCUAUAUUUUAUUUUAUAACUUGGCGCCGCACAAAGAAAAAAAUACAGAAAAGCGAGAGGCAACACGCGGAAACACAACGCCUUCAGCUGAAGAGAACACAGAAAACCGAAGGCUGAAAAAACGGACGAGCAAACUUUUAAAGUAUCAUUUAUCGGCGUCGUAAUAUUUUCGGUUUGCGUUUGCGAAGGAAAUCCAUCGUGUCUUCCGAUAUUAAAUCCGCACGCCAAUCGAAUGCAUGAACAAUUAACAACAAUGGCAUAAAAUUGUGGUUUUAUUGCGCCGUUAAGGUUUUGUUUCGUUUGUUCUAUCUGCUAUCUCUAUAUGUAUGGCUUUGGGAAUGCGCAGAGAACGCUUUUUUUCAGUUUGCGUUUUUUUCGUAAUCAUCGGAUCAGUGCACCCGCAGGGCGCAAACAAAACCGUUCGUCCUUGCGGCGUGUACGCCUCAUGAAUAUUUCGGUAAUUAAUCACAUUCUACCGCAAAUUUUUCUUUGCGUUCCGCUGCGUCAAUACAAUAACAUAAUCCGAAGGAAGUUCCAAAUUUACCGAAUGUUGCGAAUAACCCGCAAGUUGAUUAGACUAGAAUAAAAACAAUUUAUUUACGGCGGCGAUUUUUUAACAAAAAUAAAUUGCGUGGUGUGGUAAGUAGUAAAACGCAGGCGCUCAUAGGUGUAUCCAAUCAUUUCGCGAUUUGAUAGAGGAACAACAACAGCACUGGCCAGCGUAAUAAACCCGCGUCUGGAGAAAACGAUUUGGCAUUACCGGAAUGCGCACUGGCGCCCGGAAUGGCACAACAAGAAUUUUAAGAUUAACAUCACAAUUACGCCGCAGCGCUUUCGGUUUUUAUGCGCGCACACACCAAUUUCGCGGUGAAAUGUCCCGUAAAGUUGGAUACGCAACUAUAAUUUUUGCCCUUUGCUCACUGGAUCCCCAAACACACUCGAAAACGAACUAAAUACUGAGCGUACACAAAAUUAAGGCCGGCCGAAAUGAAUUUAUUUUUAAUUACGUUAAAUAAACUUUUCGUGGUGAGAUUUGUACGUGUCUAACGAAUGCGAAGCGUGAGCAUGACGAGAGAUACAGCGGGAAAAAAAAAUAGAAACUUGUUGCUGAACAGUGCACAAAAUGCUUUAUGCCUCUUUAAAUAUGUAAGGACGUGCAUAAUGGAUAAGCGCUCGACGCGCGACGGCGGCGGUGGUUAUAUUCGCACAGAUGAUACCCGGGAGACAAGCGGCCCUCAUCGUCGGCCCGCCAUUUGCGCACAUAAACCAAGAUUGAAUUUAACGCGGCGUUCACUCGCCGCGCAGACGAUAUAAAUCAAUAAAAAGUUUAAACUUUUAUCGCGUUGCAACUUGUGUCGCUCUGAAUCACAAGCAACAAUUAUGAAACGUCGGAAUUCCUCGGGAAAUAUGACAAACACGCAAAUAAUUGCUACGCGUCCGUCCGACGCAGCUAAAAAUAGCAUUUGUUGCGGUUUUUACGCGCCUUGUUGCACUAUAUCGCACAAUGCAACACUGGGAAAAAAGAAGCGGGCAAACAAAUAAAUCGCAGCGUACUUGUGCCGGCCCGCGCCGGGGAAAAAAAAGCAAUAAACGCGAGGAGGAAACUCAAAAAAAGUAUGAAAGGAAAAAAACAACGGAAAGUUUGCGCUUGUGUCAGGGGAGUGCGCUUUGCAACAUUAUCUUCUUCGAUUCAUAGUUAUGUAAAAUUUCUUCCACGGACGAUGGCAGUGUCCUUUCUCGCCAGCGUUAAUAAAUAAGGCGAUGAGGCACGGCCGAGCGGACGCGCGCCGAAAGCGUCGAGAUUGAAUAACCGAGCAUUACCAGCAGGCGACGAUGGAUGCAGGAGCAGGACCAAACCUAACACUAACACCGUGCGCGCAGCUGAAAAACGCCAACGAAACUUUUUACAUCGAUGCCGCUCCUGCUUCAUUCCACUCACCCCAAUGCUUUGGCAAACUUGAGACGAAUUUCAAUCACCAAACACUAGAAAAACAAAUUUUUACUCGGACCCUAAAUAUAAUAAUAUAUUUCAUCGCAAUUUUGUACCAAACCGGUUGUAUUUGAAGUUUACAAAUGUCAAGUAAAUAGAAAAUCGAUUGCGAAAUACAAAGAAACAUCGCACAUAUCGUAACACACAAAAGCUUAUGACUCACAGAGUUGGCAAUUCGCGCACACAGCCAUUAUUAUAUUGUUAAUAUUGCAAUUACAGCGAGCGUGCUGGGUUUGCGCAGCUCGAGGGUAAUUUGAUCCCAAGAUGGGGGAGUGCGCGCAAUGCGAACGGUAUUUCGCUAGUUGGUUCGUUGUAAACAAGGCAGAAACAAUUCCGCCAUCGUUAGUUGGAUGAGAUCAACACACCGAGAUUGCAACAAGCCGACUAAGACCCAGCGCGCACGAAAUUAACUUAUUAAAGUAAAACAUCAACACGCGUAUGUGACUCUCAAUCGCAGUCGCAGAUUGAAACGUUUCAGAUUAACCGUUGUUGUAUGAAAACUGCAAAAACAAACAAAACUUUAUCAAUUCAUAGUUACAGUACAUAGGUAAAUUUGUCAUUCAAACUGUGUGUUAUCGAGUUGGAAUGGUGUGUUAAUAAAGCAAUCGGGAAUUACAGCUGGUAUCAGUUUAAUCUCGUGCAUAAAAAGCGAAAAUAAAAAAUGAACUCAAAGCGAGCGCGGCUGUCGAGGGCGUACAGGUAAAUUCAAUUCGACGGCACACGCAUGGUCAAUGCGGAAUUUAUCUGAUUAUCUCGUUGGAGCGUUGGAACGAGACGGAAGCCUCGCUUAUCGGGAGCUUUUCAAAGUGUUGUUUGUUACCGGCAAACACCACGGCACGCCGAACGCCGGCAGGUGUGGAAAGCAACAGGCACAAAGUCGGGGCAAUUCAUUAAUUUAUGAAAUAGUUGAAAUACCUGCUUGGAAAUGUUGUGCAUGAUAAAAUACACAAUUGCUCAUUUUUUGCAUCAAGCAGAAAUUUUUUUUUAUUUCAAAAUGUUUAGUUUUUGCUUAAUUACUCAAAAAUUAUUAGUGUUAUGGGAAUAAAAGUUUUAACAAAAUAUUUACAAUUAAAUUCUACGUCAGUCUGAGUUAAGUUAUCACUAAUCGGAUGAUUAUUUAAAAAAUUAUUAACAAUUAAAGUUAAUUUUAUAAAAAAAAAGUUUAAACUUUUAACAAUUAUUAGUAAUCACCGAUUUAAUUUCUAAUUUCGAUUGAAAAUUUAAUUGGCUUUUAAUUUCUGUUUAAAAUUUGAAUGCAUGUUGAUUGGAUUUCGAGUAAUUAAUCAAUAACUAUAACUUUUGAGCUAAAAUUUUACCUCUUUGUGAAAAUUCGAACUAUAGACAUCCUAGAACUAAACAGAGUGCUUUAUUUGUUCAUCAAUUUUGUUUUGAUAUUUUCGGAAUGUAAGAGUUAACCCAAGAUAGAUCGGUUAUGAGAAUUUCAUGUCGAAAGAAUGCGCUUUCCGCGCGUUUAUCGAACACUAUUGAACACAGUGAACCACCGCUCCCUUCAACGGAAUGCGCUGCGAAAACUGCGCGCUGGGAAUUUUCCCGAUCCGGAUAAAUCUCUCGGCCAUUAAUGCCAGUGCACGAUAUCAACUGAUUUAGAAAACCAAAACGAACUUAAAUUAAAGCAAAAAAAUAUUUAUUGACGCAAAUAAUCUCAAAUCCAAAAUUAGAUUCCAAAACUUUUGAUCGUUAAAACAACGACAAUAAAAACCAAGCCACCAAACAAUUAAUGUAUAUGAAGUUGUGCAGUAAACUAGAAUACUCGAUUCGAUGACAAUAAAUAUUACAAUAACUUAGAUAAUAUUUAAGUGGAGCCAUUGGUAAAUCCGGCCGGAAUCGGAUAUCGGAAAGCGGCAAUUGUUCGCUGCGAAAUAAACAACACAUGUCGAAACAUUGUCGCCGGCAAUAUCGCGCCUUCCGCAUUGUUAUUAAACGUUUGGAGCCGCGAGCGAGCAAAGUUUAGUUUAUGCGCGCACAGCCUUCGAUUUUCAGCGGCGGCGGGCGCGUUCAGCGUUGAGCAUUUCCGUCGCGGGAAAUUGCCGCUUGGCGAAAGGGUUACGAGUGCACCAAGUCGUUAAAAUUAUUUUAACAGCUGCGAUAUGACGAAAUAGUGCGAGCCUAUGCGCCGCGCGGAAUAUAUGAUUUAUUAUUUGACAAUUAGUCGUUGGUGUGGCAGAAAGGAGAAAAAGUUUGCGUUAAGUUGGCGCAGAUGGCGCAAGUUGCAUUUGCAUGCAUUUAAAACUCGUUCGGUAAAUGUUUAAAAGCUUACGGAAAUCUGUUGGCGCGAAAGAAAAGGUGUAAUUCGAUAAUUAUCUCAGGCUUCUCAGGUUGCAGCCGACAGUUAAACACGGCGAGAAGGCAAACGCGUAAGAGCGACCAUCCACUCAGUAUGCAAUGCAAUUAUGUGAUACGACGAUAUUCCGGCACUCGACCCGGAGGCGGCUAAAGACGAGCCCCUAAUCCGGCGCUCGGGCGGGCGCGAGCGCAUAGAGAAAGGUUCACUUUGCGUAAAAUAAAGAUAAUCCCGGCUUCCUGGCCCCCGGUAUGCGAGCGAGGACCGAGGACGCACGCUCCUGACGCUCUUCGCGAUCCUGGCGCUCCUCGACGACUACCCACUCCCCGGGAUGCUCUACACGCGCGCGGAAUGCACACGCGUCCGCACCGAGCGCAAAUAUGCCGUGCAUACUCGGCGCUCGGUGGAUAAGUGAAAAUAAGCAACACCACGUCGCCGCCGCCGAGGCCCGAAUCCAUCGCCACCCUUAAUAUAUUCCAUUAUCAACUAUUCGCCAACUAUUUGCGCCGCACGCGAGACGAGACGAAAUAUUGCCGAUAAUAUGGGCGGCCCAAGGAAAUUGAAUGUAAUCUGUUCGUGGAAAUUCGAAUUUGCGCUGAAAGCGGCUGGUUAAACUGGCUAAACAUUUGUUCCACCAGUGGUUCACUUUGGAAAACCCUUAAAAGUCAGUUAAGCAUGUUGAAACGUCGAACAAUUAGUCACAACCUACAAAUUUGGAUCUCCGACCUUUCGGAAACGGACAAACGAGGAGCAGGAAACAAAGGACUGCCAGGCACAAAGUAAAAACGUUUAAUAUUUUUUUAAAGAGCGGCCGGAACGUAGAAAAUGUAAAAAAGGGGCAUUUUUUUCGGGGAAAGAAUGUUAAAAUUUGUCCAAAGAACAAACGAAACAAAUCUUUAUGAAUGCAAACAUAGAAAUAAAAUAUUUGGCGUCAAUCCUUUCUCUUCCUUGUUAAUAAUAAUAAAAUUUGUGUUUACGUUCCUUCUUUGUUAAAAUAUUCUAAGCUUGUAUAUACAUAUUAAUGACAUUUAAACUUAUGCAAAUUGAAUGAAAAAUUCAACUAUCAUCAACUGUUAAUUUGUUAAAAACUGUACAUAUUCUAAACAGAUAUAUAAAAAUUAAAACAAAAGUAGCAGAUGAAAAAAAAAAAAAAAGAAAGAAAAGAAGAAAACGAAAUCUAACAAAACGUAGAAAUAAAAUUCGUUAUUCUGUUAUACAAAUAUUUAACAAACAAUAAUUGAGUAAAAGGAAACUAAACCAGUGCGAAACAGAAACCGAACAAAACAUAUUCAAUAAAAAUAUCAAUAAAACAAUAUCACAUAAUAAUAAUAAAAGAAUAGUUCCGGUCAUACUGGAGGUAACAUAUUCGUAAUGUAUUUUUGAAAAUAUACAAUUAUCAAAUACCAAUAAUAUCCAGAGAGUAGAGAGUUGGCCAAAAAGCAGAUCAGAGGCAAAUAAACACCAACAACACAACUGACGCAAUCACCAACAAAUGUUAUGAAAAUUACGGAAAUGCGACGACAUACGGUUAAUUAAUAUCCGGAAAUAUCCCGACACAUACUGCUAUCGAAAUUGUUUACCGACGAAUGGCGAACAUCAGCGUGCAUCGCGAAAGAAACAGCUUUAUGAUUUUGCGAUUUUAGCAGCGCGUAUAAAUAAUGAGCACGAGAUUUUAUGAAUUUGUGAAUAUCGAAAUUUGUUUAGCUUGGCGAAGAACAAACCUACAAAAUUAUUAAAAUCAAUGCAAUUAAUUAUAUUGCCGCACAAUUUGAGAGCGUUAUGGAUUUAAUUUUGCUUGCGCAAACAUUUGGUUGGUGUUAGUUUAGAGUAAUACACUUAUGUUAAUGAAGUUUUGAUUAUAAAUUAUAAAUUAAUCACAAACAAAUACGAAAAUUGUUAUUUGUUGUUCGAUUUUAAGUUGUAUCAAUGUAAAAAAAUGAUGAAUCAAAAUGUUUACGAUUAAGUACACACAAACACACACAAGAGAAAGUUCCAAACACUAACGAAAUUCUAAUGAUCAUGAAAACAAUAAAUAUCAAUAAUUUUAAUAUCAAUUAAUUGUAAGAAACAUAAUAAGAACAAAUACUGUAACACACGAUGUUUAAAAACAACAUAAAAACAAUGAAAAGAUGAAAAAGUAAAAAAUGAAUAACAAACUGUUAACUAUUUGUUAAUAUCUUAUAUAUUAUACCUAAAUAAUAAUCGGUGUAACAUUGUGAAUGUAAUACAUAUUUACCUUACCUGAAAACGGAAACAAUAAAAUGCAAACCAAACAAGUGUAAUGAUAAUAACGAUGUACAAGAGUGCGAACAUGUAUGCAAUCUUCCAAGAAAAGAAAAAAAAACAAAGAAAAAUAUCAAGAGAUUAGUGUGUGAAAUAAUUCGCCGAAGCGGGCAUAAAAAACUGUUGCGAUUGUAUAAUUGAUGACAAUAAUUACGAUUCAAUAAUAAUAAAUCAUUUAUACCA